UAAUUCCGUAAUAUAUCACGGUACCUCGUAAAACCGACACUAAAACGUCCCGACCUACAAAUCACCCGGCCAAAUUAUGAGUUCAUUGUAUUAUGCCAAUGCUUUAUUUUCCAAAUAUCAAGCCGCAAGUUCGGUUUUCCCAUCCGGAGUCUUCCCCGAGCAAACUUCUUGCGCUUUCGCCUCCAACACGCAGCGAGCGGGGUAUGGGGCCGGAUCCACGCCUCCCUUCGCUUCUUCCAUGCCCGGGCUCUACUCCAGCGGCAGCUCCGUGCACCCCCAGCCCCCCGGCGUGUACCCCUCGGGCUACGGCCUGGAGCCCGGCUCCUUCAACAUGCACUGCUCCCCCUUCGAGCAAAACCUGGCCGUGAUGUGCCCGGGGGACGCCUCCAAGCAGAGCUGCAGCAAGAACGAGCAGAGGGACGCGGAUCUGCAAAGCGACAGCAACUUCCGAAUCUACCCCUGGAUGAGGAGCACAGGAACGGACAGAAAACGCGGCCGCCAGACCUACACCAGGUACCAAACCCUGGAGCUGGAGAAGGAAUUUCACUACAAUCGGUACCUGACCCGCAGGAGACGCAUCGAGAUCGCCCACGCGCUCUGCCUGACCGAGAGGCAAAUCAAAAUCUGGUUCCAGAACCGCCGCAUGAAGUGGAAAAAGGAAAAUAAAACCUCCUGCCCCGGCUCCAACGGGCAGGAGAAAGCGGACGCCGAGGAGGAUGAGGAGGAGUGAAAAAGGAAAGGAGAAAGGAAAAAAAAAAAAAAAUGGAAAAAAAGGAGCGAGGAGGAGGAAAAAAACAAGCGUUAAAAAACGAGGGGGGAAAAAAAUAAAUAAAUUAAAAAAAAAGAAAAAGACUAUAUAUAAAAAUAAAUGAUAAGCGCAUAAAUAAUUAAACCCCUAGGAGCGAUGCGUUGCGUUUGAUGACACUGAGGAAAAACAAAAAAAAAUACUACCUAUAUUAAAAUGUCUUUUUUUUGUUGUCGUUUUUUGGGUUUUAUUUUGUACAAUAGAAUAUCUACCUAUUAAAUGUGGCUUUAGACUCGGGAUAGACACAUUUAUUUCCCUACGUGAGCCUUCUAGCACCAGUAAUUUGUAAAAUCUCCGUUUGUACUUCGCUGUGUACUCAAUUUCUAUUAUUUUUUUUGGGGGGGGGGAAUAUUUUAUUUUUUUUGGGGGGGCGGGUUUGAAAUAACGUGGUCGUGUUUAGCACCUUUAAUUUAGAAAAUGUGACCCGAAAGCCUGAAUGCAAAUUACAUUUAGCUCGUAGAGUCCUGUACAUAAUAAGAAUUAUUAUUCCUCCUUCCUCCCUGGAACCUCUGUGGUCCUUUUCUCCUUGCGAUGCUCUUUUUGUCUCUGUGGAUAUUUUUACCUUCGUUGUCGGAGCCUCUACGGGGGAAAAAAAAAGGGGAAAAAAUUAAGAAAAAAUAAGAAAAAAAAAGAAGAGGAAUUAAU